AUGGAGACAAAGAACUGUGAAGAAGAAAUCAACAAACUUAUUCCACUUGCACAGUAUGUGUCCAGGGCCUUUGUUCCACCGAAUACUCCUGGAGGUGGCGACCUAGCUCUUUACUGGAAACAGGAGAUCCCUCUCCAAAUCCUUUUAUCGUGCAAGUCCUACAUAGAUACAACAAUCACGUACAAAGGCGUUAACUUCUUCUCGACCUUCAUCUAUGGUGAACCAGACCAUUCACAACGCUAUCUAUUGUGGGAGGAACUUACAAACCUUGGACUCCUUCGUGACAAACCCUGGUUUUUAUCUGGAGACUUCAACGAUAUCAUCGAUAGCACCGAGAAGUCAGGCGGUCCACAACGAACAGAAGCUUCUUUUGGGAACUUCCGAGCUUUCCUCUCACACAGCGACCUGUUUGACCUCCAACAUACCGGGAACUUCCUGUCCUGGAGAGGAACACGCGGCAUCCACCUAGUCCAUUGUAGACUCGACAGGGCUAUGGCUAACAGUAUGUGGUUUGAGCUAUAUCCCACUAACCGCUGUCAUUAUCUCGACUACGAAGGCUCAGAUCACAGGCCCCUUUUGUCAGAGUUCCAACCUGAAAAGAGAAAAGCAAUAAGCCACUGGAACCGAGAGCAUCACACGAACAACCGGAAAGCUAUAAAUGAGGAAAAAGCAAAUCUGGAAGCAGCAAUGAGUGCAACAAGUACUAACACUUCUACGAUCCAGGAAAGUAACAAAAAGCUAGAGGAGGCUUACCGAAAGGAGGAGGAAUCCUGGAAACAACGAAGCAGAUCCCUUUGGCUAGCCCUAGGUGAUCAAAAUUCAUGUUACUUCCAUGUUGUAACCAGAAGUAGAAAGGCGAUCAACAAGUUCUCGGUCUUACAAGAUAAGGAUGGACUUCUUGUCUAUGAGGAAGAAGACUUCGUUCGUGUGAUUAGUGUCUAUUUCCAGGACAUCUUCAUAACGAGAUCGCCGGAUUGCACAGCCACAGUCUCUCAAGCACUCAUACCUUGCAUUACGGAGGAAAUCAACAACACCCUCAUCGCCAUCCCCUCUAAUGAAGAGAUCCGCCUAGCUCUGUUUGAUAUCCAUCCAGACAAAGCUCCAGGGCCUGAUGGUUUUUCUGCAAGUUUUUUCCAAACAAACUGGUCAGUUGUUGGAGAGAGAUUAACAAUGGAAAUCAGAGAUUUCUUCGUAUUCAGCAUUCUCCCUAAAACGAUCAACGAAACCUAUGUCCGACUGAUACCGAAAAUCCAUUCCCCAAGGCUCAUCUCAGACUACAGACCUAUUGCGUUAUGUAACAUUUUCUACAAGAUCAUCUCAAAGGUCCUAACUAAACGGCUACAACCUAUCCUACCAUUGAUAAUCUCGGAAAACCAGACUGUCUUCGUACCAGGAAGAGCGAUUGCGGACAAUGUCCUGAUAACACACGAAACGCUACACUAUCUCAAGUGCAUUUCUACGGUAUCCUACUCUUUCCUAGUCAAUGGAGCAGUUCAAGGCAAGGUCUUACCUCAACGAGGGAUCAGGCAAGGCGACCCCUUAUCCCCUUUCAUCUUCAUCUUGUGCGGUGAGGUCCUCACUGGUCUCUGUAAUAAUGCCCAAGUGAAUGGCCUACUCCCCGGAAUCAAAGUGGCAAAAGAAAGCCCUCGGAUCAACCAUCUCCUCUUCGCCGAUGACACUAUGUUCUUCUGCAAAACGAAGGACCAAAACUGUGUUACCCUGGCUACGAUCCUGCGGAAAUAUGGAGAAGCAUCAGGACAACAGAUCAAUCACCAAAAAUCAUCCAUAUCUUUCUCAUCAAAAACACCACAAGACAUAAAGGAGAGAGUUAAACUUACGCUGGGAAUAGAGAAAGAAGGAGGCCAGGGUAAGUAUUUGGGGCUUCCUGAGAGCUUUGGACGGAAAAAGAAGGACUUGUUCUCCUUGAUAGUCGACCGCAUCCGUCAACGAGCAGUCAGCUACUCCUCACGAAGACUAUCGACAGCAGGAAAGGUAAUCCUAAUCAAAAGUGUCCUCUCAGCCAUACCCACUUACUCCAUGACGUGCUUUAAACUCCCUGUCAGUCUAUCACGGGUACUACAAGGUAAAUAUUGCAAAAAUCAACAGUUUCUAGAUGUUCCUACCUCCAAUUCAUCAUCACAUGGCUGGAGAGGAGUCCUCAUCGGAAGAGACCUCUUAGUGGAACAGCUCGGCAAGACAAUUGGUAGUGGACACAACACCUCCAUUUGGAAGGACUCAUGGCUGUCUCAUACGUCACCAAUCCGCCCCAUUGGACCACCGACCCUACAAAACAAAGACGCAAUGGUUGAUUCCCUGAUGAUUGGCUCAAAGUGGAACAAGGAGAAAAUUGAAGAGCUCUUUCCACAAUACUUACCCCUGAUCAUGAGUAUACGGCCGAGUAUAAAAGGAGCACAAGAUGCCUAUGUUUGGAUACCGUCCAAAUCAGGUGUGUACACGGCCAAGACUGGAUACCACAUCGCCAGAGCCCUAAAGGAAAACCAAUCAGAAAACCAGCAAUCGUCAAUAAACUGGAACGCAGAUAUCUGGUUAGGGAACUUCUCACUCAAACUCAAGAUCUUUCUUUGGAAAAUCUUACAAAGAGCCUUACCGACGGGAGAGAAUCUCCUCAAUCGAGGAAUGUUUGAGAAUGUUUGCUGCGCUCAUUGUGGUGAGCUAGAAACCACGGAGCAUCUGUUCUUCCUCUGUUACUUUGCCCGGAAAGUGUGGUCUCUAGCCCCUUCCACCACUACUCUAGAUCUAUCCUCCAUCAGCUUUGAGGAAUCCAUCAAAAUACUCAAACGCCUAAUCUGCCUACCACCAUCUGGAAUCACCUCGGGUCCGCUCUUCCCUUGGAUCUGCUGGACGAUCUGGUCAGCCCGGAACUAUCGUAUUUUCGAAGACCGGAGUUUCUCUCCGGAAGACACGGCUACCAAAGCAAUUCAGGACGCCCGGGAAUGGCAAGAAGCGCAGAGUUUGGAGAAAUCCCCUCCAACAAAACACAGCUACCCGACCAAUAAACGGAGAAUCCACCCGAUGACAACCCUCUGCUACACCGACGGAUCUUGGUCAAAGGAAACAUCGAUAGCUGGAGCGGGAUGGGUCUUCACCACCAGAGAAGGAACGCAGAUUGACUCAGGCAGCAUGGCUGAGCAGCACACGCUCUCCCCUCUCAUGGCCGAAGCCAUCGCCAUCAGAUCUGCUCUAAUGCAUGCGCUGGAGAAGAACUUCCUCCACCUAUAA